UCUUUGAUUUCUAAUAUUCUGAGAAGUGAGACUUUUGAAAGGUUUUUUUAUAUUUGUUCCCCUUAGCAUUAAGUAAGACUUUUGAAAGUUAAAGGUACUUGGAUUGGAUAGCCUAACAGAAAACUACCAAUAGAAGAACAAGGCUCCACUGUCCUACAUUCUCACACCCUUAGUAGGUUGAAGUCUGAUCAAGUUAUGAGACUUCUUAGCAAGAGAAACUUGUUAUUUUUCCUUUGUUGCUUUUGUUUAAACCUUGGUGUUGCUAUAGACACCAUCACAUAUUCUCAAUCCAUCAAAGACCCUGGCAACAUAGUCUCCAAUGGGAGUGCUUUCAAACUGGGAUUCUUCAGCCCUGUAAAUUCUACCUAUUGCUACAUUGGAAUAUGGUAUAGCAACAUUUCUGUAUUCACUGUCGUUUGGGUAGCUAACAGAGAGACACCACUCAAUGAUUCUUCUGGGGUUCUUACUAUACCUGAGGAUGGCAAUCUUGUAGUACUAGAUGGAAAAAAAGAUAUUCUUUGGUCAUCAAAUGUUACAAAUUCUGUUGCCAAUUCGAGUGCCCAGCUUAUGGAUUCGGGGAACCUUGUACUGCAAGAAAAAACUACAGGGACAAUCAUAUGGGAGAGUUUCCAACUUCCUUGUGAUACACUCUUGGCCAAGAUGAAAAUUAGUACUAACGCAGGAACAGGUAACAAAGUGCAAUUGACAUCAUGGCAAAGCCCUUCUGAUCCAUCCAUUGGAAGCUUCUCUGCCAAUAUUCAACCUCUUAAUCUUCCUCAAGCAUUCAUUUGGAAAUAUGGUAGCCCGUAUUGGCGCAGUGGUCCAUGGAACAGUCGGGUCUUCAUUGGAGUACAAACUAUGGAUUAUGAAUUUAUGGACGGAUUUAGUCUUUUGAAUGAUCAUGAAGGAACCAUUUCCUUGAGUUUUUCUUAUGUGAAUGCUUCUUUGGUACAUUUUGCACUCAAUACGCAUGGAAAUAUAGAGCAAAGAUUUUGGGAUUAUGAGAAGGAGGAUUGGGAGGUCAUGUUAGUUCUACAGACUGAGUGUGAUUUUUAUAGUAAUUGUGGGGCAUUUGGAAGCUGUAAUUCACAGAAUACACCAAGUUGCAACUGUUUACAAGGGUUUGAGCCAAAUAACACAAAAGAAUGGAAUGAUGGAAAUUGGACAAGUUGAUGUGUUAGGAGGACAUAGUUGCAAUGUGAGAGGGUGAACACUGGCAAAGGCAGCAAAAUGGAUGGAUUUUUGAAUCUCAAAAUGAUGAAAGUGCCAGGCUUUGCAGAUUGGUCACAAGUUCUGGAAACCGAUUGCAGACAGCAGUGUUUAGAGUGUUGUUCUUGUAUAGCUUAUGCAUAUGAUACUGGCAUUAGUUGUACGUCAUGGACUGGAAGCUUAAUUGACACACAGGAAUUCUCUACCGUCGGAGUUAAUCUUUACAUUCGUGUUGCCUAUUCAGAUCUUGUUACAAAGCUAAACAUGAAAAAAAUUGUCACAAUCACUGUGAUCAUAGGAACGGUUUCGAUUUCAAUUUGCACUUACUUAUUUUGGAGGUGGAUGGCUAAACAUAAAGCAAGGAAAACAAAAGAAAAGGAGAUCUUAUUGUCCAACAGAGGGGAAGCACGUAAAAAUUUUCCUAGUGACAACCUGAACCAAGUUAAAGUCCAGGAACUACCACUAUUCAAUUUUGAGAAGCUGGCGAGUGCAACAAACAACUUCCAUCUAUCUAAUAAGCUUGGUCAAGGUGGAUUUGGUUCCACAUACAAGGGAAAACUAUCAGAUGGACAAGAAAUUGCAGUAAAAAGACUUUCUAGAACCUCUGCACAAGGGUUCGAAGAAUUUAUGAAUGAGGCAAUGGUAAUUUCUAAACUCCAACAUCGGAAUCUUGUUAGACUCCUUGGCUACUGUGUCGAAGGAGAAGAAAGGAUGUUGAUCUACGAAUACAUGCCAAACAAAAGUCUGGAUGCAUUUCUCUUUGAUCCAUGCAAAUGUGAACUGCUAGAUUGGAGAAAGCACUUUAACAUUAUUGAAGGAAUUAGUCGAGGUUUGCUCUACCUUCAUAGGGAUUCAAGAUUAAGAAUUAUUCAUAGAGAUCUAAAGGCAAGUAACAUCUUGUUGGAUAAAGAGCUAAAUCCAAAAAUAUCAUAUUUUGGUACGGCUAGGAUUUUUCGAGGUAAUGAAGACCAAGCAAAUACUAGAAGGGUCGUCGGAACUUAUGGCUAUAUGUCUCCUGAAUAUGCAAUAGAAGGGCAAUUUUCAGAGAAAUCAGAUGUCUUCAGUUUUGGAGUGUUAUUACUACAGAUAGUUAUUGGAAGAAGAAACAUUGGCUUUUAUAAUGAUGAGAAAUUCCUAAGCCUUUUAGGACUUGCAUGGAAAUUGUGGAAUUCAGACAAUGCUGUAGCAUUAAUAGACCCGAUGAUAUCUAAACCCUUCUUUGAAAUGGAGAUUUUGAGAUGCAUACAGGUUGGGCUGUUGUGUGUUCAAGAAUUUGCUAAAGAUAGGCUGACUGUAUCAGUUGUUGUUUCCAUUAUUAAAAGUGAGAUUGUUGAUAUGCCUCGUCCAAAGAAACCAGCAUUCACUGAAAGGUUGAUUGCCUUAGAUACAAAGUCUUCUCAAUGUAGAAAAAGUAUAUUCUCUAUUAAUAAUGUUACUGUGACAACGGUUCAAGGUCGAUAGCUAGCAUGUGUUCUUGACAUAUUCACUUUGUGUAACCAUAAAACUAGCAACAAUUUAUUAUUUUGUGUAACAUUGUAGCAAUAUCUCUCUCUCACACCACCUCCAUAUGAGAGGGAUAUUACAUUCAACUAUUACACAUGAUAUUAUCUCAUGAUCGAGAAAGUUCAAGA